UUAUAGACAUGGUUAAGAACAUAAAAGUUCCCAGCUCCUGAUAAAGAUAGAAACAUUUCUGCAAGAAAUGGAAAAUGAUUUCUUGAGUUUAAUACUAGUCAGCUAAAUACUCAGAUGUCUGCAGCCUGCUGCCACUCACGUGGCUAAUCUCUGUGAUCCCCAGUGUCCCAUCCCACUGCCACCUGGGGCUGUCUCCAGGGAGGCUGCAGGACUGAAAAGUCAAUUCCUGUGCUUACUGAGGAGGGAAGGCCCCUAAGUCACAGCCUCCAAGCCUGCCCUUCCCUUCAUGCAGGCCAGCUGGGACUGAAGGAAACCCUGUUAUGCUCUUGGCAUCCUGAACACUUACAGCAGCUGGUCUACAUUACACCAGCUCUUACCCUUCUGGGGACCCUGUUUGUUCUCAAUAAUUAUAAUCAGUGUUUGUAUAAAGCAUCAGAUUUUCACAAAACUCAACAUGCAUUUGAUAAGCAUAAGCUUGAAUGAUUUCCACAUCAGUGUGCUUCUCCUCAGAAAAACCAAUCUGAUCAUGAAACAGAAAAAUGUUUAAGUUCAAUCAGUUUGGAAUUUGAUAUGCCAGGAAUGCAAAAUACCCAACCCAGAUGCAGACUGGGCCGUGUUGCAUUAUUGCUCGGGACCAGUAGAUGGCAACCACCCAUUGCAGUGUCAAAGAUUCUCUCCUUACAACAACGUCUCCUCUCUCCUCACAUUUCCACGAUGAGGGAAAGGAAGGCAACAGAUCCACUCCAUUCAUCCACAGAUCUGACUGAAGGGAAGAAGUUAAGACUGAAACAAGAGGUUGGCCUGAUUAGUGGCGUGUCAUUAAUUGCAGGUACCAUGAUAGGCUCGGGGAUCUUUAUGUCCCCUGAGUGGGUACUACACCACAUGGGGAACCCUGCCAGCAGCCUGCUGAUCUGGGCAGCAUGUGGUCUCCUGGCCAUGUUUGGAGCCUUGUCGUACGCUGAGCUUGGAACAAUAAUUAAAGAGUCUGGAGGAGAAUAUAUUUACAUUUUGAGGAUUUUUGGUUCCUUUCCUGCUUUCCUUUUCGCCUACACUUCUGUCAUCCUGGUGAGACCAGCUGGUUUGGCAGCUGUCUGUCUGAGCUUUGCUGAGUAUGCCAUUGCACCGUUCUACCCAGGAUGCGCGUCUCCGCAGGUUGCCGUCAAAUGUACAGCUGCUGCUUGCAUCCUGAUUUUAACUAUCAUCAACUGCCUCAACGUGAGGCUGGCAACAUCUGUUAUGAACAUUUUUACAGCUGCCAAACUCUUGGCUUUGUUGGUGAUUGUGGUGGGUGGGUUGGUGCUGCUUGCCCAGGGACAAACUCAGAGUUUUCAGAAUGGUUUUCAAGGCACCACUGCAGGUGUUGGGGCAGUUGGAGUGGCGUUUUACCAGGGGCUCUGGUCCUAUGAUGGAUGGAACAACCUGAAUUAUGUAACUGAGGAACUGAAGAAGCCUGAGGUGACCCUUCCCAGAGCUCUGAUGAUUGCCAUUCCUUUGGUUACAUGUCUGUAUUUGCUCGUAAACGUGAGCUACUUGGCAGCCAUGACUCCCUCUGAGCUGCUGUCUUCAGGAGCUGUGGCUGUCACCUGGGGGGACAAAGUCCUGGGCAGCUGGGCAUGGCUCAUCUCCCUGUCGGUGGCCCUGUCUACGUUUGGUUCCUCGAACGGGACGUUCUUCAGCGGAGGCCGCGUGUGCUACAUUGCUGCCAGGGAGGGCCAUAUGCCAGACAUUCUGUCCAUGGCUCACGUGCGACGCCUCACGCCCUCCCCUGCUCUACUGUUUACAUCUGCAAUGUCUUUAAUAAUGAUAAUAUCAGGAAGCUUCACCAGCAUUGUCAACUUUUUCAGUUUUAUGGCAUGGCUUUUCUAUGGAAUGACUAUUUCUGGGCUCCUGUAUUUAAAAAUCAAGAAACCAGAACUGCCAAGAUCUUACAAGGUCCCAAUUAUCAUCCCCAUAAUUGUGCUGGUGGCAGCUGUGUACCUGGUGUUAGCUCCCAUCAUUGAUCAACCCCAAAUAGAGAUCCUCUACAUCGUGCUGUUCAUUUUCAGUGGCAUCAUUUUUUAUUUCCCACUGGUUCACUUUAAGUACCACCCUCGCUUCUUACAGAGAGUCACUUUACACCUCCAGUUGUUGCUGGAAGUUGCUCCAACUACCAGGGAUGCAAACUGAGAUAACAUCCUUCUGGUGGGUGCCUGCACCUCAUGGUUUAUCCCAGCACCUUGGUUUUCAAGGCUCAGAAAAUAUUCUUCUAUAAAGAGCAAUGAGUAGAAUGUGAGUGACACUAAGUGUCCAGGUGAGAUGGACUACAGCUGUGACUCCUCAUGUUUCCCUGAAAUUCUGGGGACAUGUUUUUCUCCUUUUCAGCUUUGCCUUGGCAUUACAUAUGGAUUCAAAAUGAA